AUGGCACAGCCACCAACCCACCACCAACCCACCAACCCAUCCCCAACCACCAACCCAUCCCCAACCACCAACCCAUCCCCAACCAUCAACCCACCAACCCAUGCACCCAACCACCAACCCAUGCACCCAACCCCAACCACCAACCCAUGCACCCAUCCCCAACCACCAACCCAACCCCAACCACCAACCCAUGCACCCAACCCCAACCACCAACCCAUGCACCCAACACCAACCCAUGCACCCAACCCCAACCACCAACCCAUGCACCCAACCCCAACCACCAACCCAUGCACCCAACCCCAACCACCAACCCAUGCACCCAUUCCCAACUAUCAACCCAACCACCAACCCAUGCACCCAUUCCCAACUAUCAACCCAUCCCCCAACCACCAACCCAUGCACCCAACCCCAACCACCAACCCAUGCACCCAUUCCCAACUAUCAACCCAUCCCACAACCACCAACCCAUGCACCCAUUCCCAACUAUCAACCCAUCCCCCAACCACCAACCCAUGCACCCAACCCCAACCACCAACCCAUGCACCCAUUCCCAACUAUCAACCCAUCCCCCAACCACCAACCCAUGCACCCAACCCCAACCACCAACCCAUGCACCCAUUCCCAACUAUUAACCCAACCCACCAACCCAUGCACCCAUUCCCAACUAUCAACCCAUCCCCCAACCAAUAA